AUGACCGAUCCCGAGAAGCCGAACAUGCGGGGAGAAUCCAAAACCCAAGACAAAUCCAACCCCAACCCCGCCAACACAACAAAACCCCCACCAUCCCUCGCAACCCGCAUCCAAUCCUCCGCAACAGGACUGGCAAAGAGCACCUUCCACCCAGGUUCCGACCAAACCAACACCCUAUCAUCCAGCACAAACACCAAAGCCAGCCCAUCCACCCCAAGCACAAGCAAUGCCGCAGCGCAGAUAGGGCCCAUCUCAGGCCCAUCGGGGUCAACCUCGGCAUCAGCAGGCCCCUCCUCCACGCAGUCGACAUUCCGAAGCACAAGCUCGAUCUCGCCCGCAAUAGAAGACGAAUUCCAGCGUUUCACGGAAGAUCAAGCUACACUACCAGCAUCAGAAUUCCCCGCCGGACCCGAAACACCGACACCGAAAGGCAAAGAGCGCCUCGAGACGACAUGGCAAUCCCCCAACCAACCACGAUCCCAAAUUCCACCCGUCACAACCACAGACCCAACCCCUUACCUCGACGCAGAAGACGGCGCAGCCGUCCUCGCCCUCCUAGCAUCGCCCAGCACAGAGUCAGACCCAGCGACGCUACCAGCUGACGAGCUGGAGCCGACGGCAGCGCCGGCGCCGCUCUCAGCGCGCGAGCGGGAAGCGCUGGACUCGUUCUUGCGGGCUGUGCCUGGGACGGAGACGGAGACGCAGAGACCGGCGCGGAUGACAGGGUCGAGUCUGGUGCCUGAUAUUGACACGUUUCUUAGCCAGGGACUUGGUCAGGAGAACGAGAACGGGGUUGGUGGGACGAGUCGGAGUGGUGUGUUGCUGCGGGAUGAGGUGUUGGCGAAGCUUCCUGGGGCGGGGGAUUGGGUUGGUGUUCAGGAGAGGUAUCAUGAGGAGGUUUGGGGGUUUUUGGAGCCUGUGCUUGAGGCUGCGAGGACGGAGAUGGAGAGUGGAAUUGAUGGUGGGGAGGGGGGUGCAGAGGGGCCGGCUGUUAGGAGGCUAAGGAUGGUUUUGGGACAUAUGGGGGGGUGA